ACAUUGGUUCGCAUUGCACGCACUUUGGCCUCUCGAAAGGCUUGCCUACCCCUGCUGAACGCGGCAUCAGAGCUCGGCCACAGCAAUUGGAGGCCAAAGGACCAACCGCCACGGCCGGCGAAAGGGUUACUGGCAAGAGACCGGGGCUUCGGCGGCUCAGCCCCGGGCCCGUCUUCAUGUCCAGCAGCAGUAGCGAUAGCGGCAGCCAAACCAGCAGCGACGGUGGCAGCACCAGGAGGAACAGCAAUGACAGCCACGACAGCAACACGCGCCGCAACACGCGCAGCAACUGCCGGGCCGGAACGGGGGUGACGGGUCUGACACCCGCCGCUCCGGCCCAGAACAGCGCCGCCGCCCCCGCUGCCGCCGCCCCGGGAGGCUUCCGCCACCAGGCCAUCCGGAUCCAAGAGCCGCCCGAGCGCCGCCCGCUCCUCCCGCAGCGGGCUGCCUUCCCGCACAACCUCGACGGCGAGGUCUUCAGCUGCUACAGCUACGGCACGGGGCCCGGCCCGGGCCCGCACAACUCGCCGCACCGCCACCUGCCCGUCUACACGACCAUCCACCGCAUCCGCCGCGACAUCAUCUCGGUCGUCGAGGACUACCUGUCGCUGGACCAGCUGCGCGACGUGCGCCUCAACGUCAGCGUGCUGCGCCCGCUCGUCGACAAGCUGUACGAGCAGGACGACAUCUCCAUCGUCUACUGCCUGCUGGUCAACCGCGCCCAGUUCCUGGCCGAGCAGGCCCACCUGAGCAACCGCCAGAACGUCAACUACACGCGCGCCAUGCUGUGCGAGCUGAUCGCCACCCGCAUCCUGCGCCGCUUCAACGAGGACAACGAAGGCCCGCGGAACCUGCUGGUGCUGGCCCACAUCCUCAUCGCCGGCUUCGAGCCCUUCCAGAACGCCCCCGAGGAGAUCCGCCGCGAGGUCGGCGCGUCGACGGCCCCGAACCGCACGCUGCCCGCCCUGGAGGUGGCCAUCCUGAGCGAGAGCCGCAUCUUUUUGGCAUCGACGAGCUGCCAGAAGAUCGUCGACGCCAUCUACGAAGGCCGUGUCAUUUACACGCCCUCGAGCUUCAUGGACAUCAUCCCCGACCGCUACAAGCAGCGGCCCAUCUCGCUGUACAACCCCCGCGAGGCGCCCCUGCUCAAUCAAUACCGCCUGGUCGUGCCGCGGACCAGGAACUACCUCGAGAUCAUGCACUUCGUGGUGCUGCUGGGACUGUAUCUCGCCUUUAUGAGCGAGCGCGACGCGGCCCGGAUCAGCACCCUCGAGGUGUGCUUUACCGUCUACGCCUUGGGGGACGUGUAUGCGCAGAACCUGUGGUCCUUCCUCGACGUCACGUUUUCCAUCAUCUACUGGGUCUACCUGGUCCUUCGCCUCUACGGCUGGAGCACGGGGAGCCUCGAGGCCGGGCAGCAGGCGCUAGACGUCCUGGCCAUCGGCGCGCCGGUGCUGGUGCCCCGGCUGGCUUUCAACCUGCUCUCAGACAACCUGGUCUUCCUGUCUCUCCGGUCCAUGAUGUCCGACUUCGCCCUGCUGUCGGGCCUGGCUGCCUGGUGCUUCCUUGGCUUCCUGCUGUCGUUGUUUUGGCUCGGCAACGGUAGCUUCGGUCCCGCGACCAUCAGCAAGUGGAUGAUAUACAUCUGGUUCGGCCUGGACGGGUCCGGCAUCCAACACUCGACCGACUUCCACAGGAUCCUCGGCCCGUCCCUCAUGAUCACCUUUGCCUUCCUGGGGAAUACGCUCUUCCUGACCAUCCUCGUGUCCAUGCUGUCGACGACCUUCAGCCACAUUGUCAACAACGCGCCGGCCGAGAUCCAGUUCCGCCGCGCCGUGAUGACCCUGGAAGGCGUCAAGGGCGACGCCAUCUUCGCGUACCCGCCGCCAUUCAACAUCCUCGCCAUCCUGCUGCUCGUGCCGCUGAAGUUCUGCGUCUCGCCGCGCUGGUUCCACAAGAUCCACGUCAUGUCGGUGCGCCUCAUCAACCUGCCGAUCCUGCUCGUGAUCGCGCUGGCCGAGCGCCGCUCGCUCUCGCCGCACAAGCUCCCGCCGCUGUCGCCGGCGCCGAGCCUCUCCAAGGGCCACACCACCAUCCGGCUCCGCCGGCGCUUCUGGGACCGCUGGCGCAUCAGCGCGCACAGCGACAUCUCCACCGUCUUCGAGGUGCCGCUGCCGGACUCGGUGCUCAACGAGAUCGCCACCGACGACGACAUGACGCGCCACCUCAUCCGCAGGCAGUUUGCGUCGGCCCGAGCGCCCGCGCCGCCCGUCGAGGGGGCUGGGGCCGGCCAGUCGGCGUCACGAACACAGCAGCAGCAGCCGCCGCAGCCGCCGCAGUUCCAACAGCCACAGCCGCAACAGCCACCCCCGUCUCUGCCUUCUCCCGAGCUUGGUAAGCCACCACAACCAGCAGCAACAGCAACAACAACAGCAGCAGGACAAGUCCCGGCCCCGACCCCGGCCCCGGCCCCGGCCUCGGCGGCGCAACAAGGCGGACCCCGCGUGAUCGGCCGGCGGGACAGCAUCGCGCCCUUCCCCGGCCUGCGGGCCGAGCUGCAGGGGGUGCUGGGCGAGAGCGACGAGGUGAGCGACAUCGUCGCCCGGCUGGAGGCGCUGGAGGGCAGCGUGGCCAGGAUCCAGCAGCUGCUGGAGAAGCUGGCGGGUGUGGAUGGCAGUGGCGGCGGUGGCGGCGGUGGUGGCGGCGGUGGUGGUGAUGGGAGGUCUGGGUCUGUAUUCGGGCCGGGGGAGCGGGAUGGGCUGGAUGAGGGGGCAGGGGAAGGGGAGAGGCAGGCGCGCGGGCGGCGGAAGUCGUUGGCGGAGCUGAAUCGUGAGGCGGAGGAGGAGUGACCGUGCCCGCUGUCGGGGAAGGUGAGAUGGGAUGCAAUGGGAUGGAUAUAGGGAACCGGGGAAGGGGGCUGCAUCCGUUUGGAUUUGCAUUGCUGGGCGUUGAUCAGCGCUGUGCUUUGUCCAGUCCGCACUUUGGUAUGGCAAUGGAAGCUGUGCUCUGCUGUGCUGUGUCUCGUCCGGAUCCUCGUGGUAUGUUGAGGUCCUAUCGAUCGCGAAGCUGUGGAGGGACUUAAGCCUCUUUGUACUUCUCGUUCGUGACCUGGGCAGCCCAACCCGCCUGACGUUCCAAACGUAAGUAAACACACAACAUCACAGUUCAUGAGGCCUGCGCCUUCCCAAAAGUGCUCUCACACGUCCUCGACUCUGAGAUAGAUACCUACACACGCAUCGGUGUUACCACCUUUCGCUGCGCGUCCUGCAACAUCGGGGUUUCCACGACGACAGCAGCAGCAGCAGAGCAGAAACAACGGCGGCGGCAGCAGCAGCAGCAGAGACGAUUCAGGAUAAACUACCCCAACCUCCUUCCACCACUGCAGCAAAAACUCCCAAUAUUCCCUCCCCCGCCCCCUCCUCCGGUCGAGGUCGAGAAACGAAAGAAAAGGAAAGGAAAGGAAAGGAAACGGCAACGAAGAAACGGAGCCAGUGAACAGAAAUUGACCUCGGCGGGGUGUAUGAUCGCAACCAGACGCGUAUGGUGGCCAAGGUGCGCUACGGGUUCCGCUGGGGGCUGGGGCCGGACGCGGCGGAUCCUGGGUGUGAUAUUGUGUGUUCGUUGAUGUGAUGUAGGCCGGAUAGGAGGUGAUGUGUUGGCGGUUGGGGUAGGGGGUGGUGCUCGCUCAGGGGUGACCUAGCUCACGUUGCGAGGGGCUGCGGCCGCAGAGGGUGACGGCUGACUUGCUUAGCAACAGACCCCGAUUCAUGAGUAAAGUCAAGUUGGCAAAGUCAAGUUGGCACUAAUCAAGAGUUGGGAAAGUGAGUCGAAGAUGUGAAUGCUAAAAGCUGUAUUGUUGUUGUCGAGAGGCUCUUCGGCAGUUG